ACCCGCCCCCCGAGCCUGCGUGUCCGGCGGAGCCGCGGGAUGAGCCGGGGGCGGCGAUGAGCUCGGCGGGGCCGGGGGCGGCGGCGGCGGCGGCGGCGGCGCCGCUCCUCUCCCGCAAACAGCGGCUGAUGGCCGCGCUGGCGGCCGGCGAACCGGCGGUGGCGGGUGGUCCCGGGGCUCCGCAACCCCCGGCCCCUCCGCUUUGCUGUUUUAUUUGCGGCGGCGGCAUCAGUCGCGGUAAAGAGCUAAAGCUUCAAGUGCGACCCCCCCGCGACCACCGACCCUUCUUCCCUUUCCUCCAGCACCAGGAACCGGCGCCCGGCGCCCGCGCCGUCUCGGCGGAGGGCUGCGCCCUGGUCUGCGCCGUCUGCCGCUGCUUCCUGGGCGAGCAGUGGGACUCCUUCGAGCGCAGCCGCACGCCGGUGGAGAAGCGCAUGUACUGGCUCAAACGGCCCCAUCAGUGCGAGGCGGCGGCGGCGGCGGCGGCGGCGGCGGCGGCGGCGGCGGGGGGAACCGGGCUGCGCAGGGGGGCCACGGGCUGGGACCCCGCCGCGCCGCCCCGCCGCCCCGCCGGCCACGAGGAGGAGGAGGAGGAGGAGGAGGAGGAGGAGGUGGAGGAGGAGGAGGAGGAGGAGGAGGAAGAAGGGCCGGCAGCCGGUUCUGACCUCUCCGAGCUCUCCGACGCCGAACCCCUUUCGGAGCCCGAAGGGGCGGGGGGCGCGGCGCGGACCCCCCCGGUGGCGGCGGGGGGCAAGAGGGGGCCGCCCUGCUGCUCCUCGGAGGACAGCGAGAUCAACAUCACCAGCGAGGAGGAGGAGGAGGAGGAGGAAGGCAGCGAGCGGCCCGCUUGGGCAUCGGGCACCGCUUGCUACAUCUGCGGCAGCCCCUUGUCACCCACCACCCAACACCGCGUCCACGUGCAGAAGCAGGAGAAGACCUCACCGGCACCCUUCUUCCCCUUCCUCUGGCUGCACAGCCCCCCGCCGGGUGCCCAGCCCCUCUCGCCCACCGGCAGCACCCUGGUGUGUCCCUGCUGCUUCGCCUCCCUCAUGCAGCAGUGGCAAAGCUUCGAGCUGGCCAACGUGCCCGUGCUGCAGCGGCUCUACGUGGUGCCCCUCAACGCCGGUGCCAUGCCCGCCAAGGGCCGGCGAGGGAUGAAGGAGGAUGGAGCGGGCGCCCCGCCGGCACCCGAGGCUUGCUACCUCUGUGGGGAGGAGUGCGGCAAGGAGGCGAGGCCGGUGGCGGCCAAGAUCACCAACGGCAACGCGAAGAGCACCAUGCAUUUCCCCUUCCUCAGCCUCCUGCCUUGCCCGCCCAGCGCCAAGGGGCUGAACAAGCACUGGGAGGUGAGCAGCUGCCGCAAGUGCUUCGGGGUCUUGCAGGACCUGUGGGCCAUGUACAGGGCCUGCCACAACGAGGAGCUCAUCACCUCGGUGCAGAGCUUCCUGGGGAGGUACCACCAGGUCUUCUCUGCCGGUGACCCCGGCGGCCUGGCCGGCCACCCUGCUGUCAAGCCCGGUCCCACCUCCGUCUGCUACAUCUGUGGGGCCGAGCUGGGAGCCGGCAAAGAGUUCCAGCUUAAUGUCAACCCGCCGGGACGAUUUGGGGAGAAGGAACCUUUUUUCCCCUUCCUGACGGUCUACCCGCCUGCCCCGCGGGCCAGACCGGCCGACUCGACUGGGCUGGUGGCCACCUGUGUCCUCUGCUACCAUGACCUGCUGGGACAGUGGCUGCAGCAUGAGGGCAGGAACUCCCACCACCCUAGCAGCGCCUGGUCCCGGCAAUACAAAGUGGAGACCUUCGUCUGCUUCUUCUGCCGGCAGGAGAAGAAGCGAUGCCUUGGAUUAAAAGCGGUUCAAGUGGCCAGGCUCCCCGUCUUCCUCUACACCCUCCGCGUGGCCAACAGCUUGCUGGUGGAUGACGGGAAGCAGCUGACCAUCGGCGCCUGUGCCGAGUGCGGUGCCGUGGUCCUGGCUGGCAAGAGCAUGACCCCGCCGGAGCUGCUGGCGGCAGCACCCCCGGCUCUCCUCCCCAAGGCGUCCUCUUCGACCGUCGAGACAGCCGCCACCAAGCCUGCUGCCGGCGAGCACCGGCACCGGGCGGCCAGUGCCGGGGAGAGCCCAGGGACGGGCGGCAGCGCUGCCCCAGACAUCGGCCAGCGGACGGCUUUGGAUGCGGAGGGUGCGGACGCUGGAGCCACAAGCAUGAGCCAUGAGCCGAAGUCGCCGUCCCUAGGAAUGCUCUCCACUGCCACCCGCACCACUGCCACCGUCAGCCCCCUCACCCCCUCGCCGCUCAACGGCUCCAUCGUCCCCAAUGGCAGCCCGGCAGCCAGCAGCACUUUGUCCGUCCAGGCAGCACCUUCCUCCAGCUUCGCCGCUGCUCUCCGCAAGCUCGCCAAGCAAGCCGAGGAGCCCAGAGGGUCCUCGAUAAGCAGCGAGUCAUCCCCAGUCUCCUCGCCGGCCACCAACCACAGCUCCCCCGCCAGCACGCCCAAGCGCGGCCCCAUGGGCCCCAUCAUCGUGCCCCCGGGGGGGCACAGCGUGCCCAGCACGCCGCCCGUCGUCACCAUCGCCCCCACAAAGACGGUCAACGGGGUCUGGAGGAGCGAGGGCAGACAGCAAGAAGCAGGGUCACGAGGCAGCAGCAGCAGCAGCGGCCGUGAGCGCCUCAUCUCAGAGCCCCCCCUUGUGCAGGAGAAAGCAGGGGGCCCCACCGUGCCCUCCCACCUCCUGGGAACACCCUACUCCUUUGGGCUGCCCCCCAGCUCCGUGGUCCAGGACUCUCGCUUCCCACCUCUCAACUUGCAGCGGCCGGUCCACCACGUGGUGCCUCCCAGCGCCGUCACCGAGGAUUACCUGCGCAGCUUCCGUCCCUACCACACCGCCGAGGACCUCCGCAUGUCCUCCCUGCCGCCCCUCGGCCUGGAUCCAGCCGCCGCCGCCGCUUACUACCAUCCCAGCUACCUGACGCAUCACCCCUUCCCGCACCCCGCCUUCAGGAUGGACGAGUCGUACUGCCUGUCGGCGCUGCGGUCCCCCUUCUACCCGCUGCCGGCGCCGGGUUCGCUGCCGCCCCUGCACCCCUCAGCCAUGCACCUGCACCUCUCGGGGGUACGGUACCCCCCCGAGCUCUCGCACUCCUCCCUCUCCGCCCUGCAGUCCGAGCGCAUCUCCAGCCUCACCGCUGAGAGGCUGCAAAUGGACGAGGAGCUGCGGCAGAGGGAGCGGGAGCGGGAGCGGGAGCGGGAGAAGGAGCGGGAGCGAGAAGCCGACCGGGAGCGGGAGAAGGAGCGGGAACGGGAGCGGGAACGUGAGAAGGAGCUGGAGCGGGAGCGGGAGAAGGAGCGGGAACGGGAGCUGGAGAGGCAGCGGGAGCGUGCCCGGGAGAAGGAGCUGAGCAUGGUUAAAGCCAUGGAAGGGCCCUUCCUCCCCGUGGCUGAGCUGCACGGGCUGCGGGGGCACCCAGCCGAGGAGCGGAGCAAGCCAGUGGAGCCGCUGGUGCCCGGCAGACCAGAGAAACUCAAGGACUCGGUGUUGCCGACUCCAAAGCCCAUCCAGCACCCGCUGCACCCGCCGCCGGCCUCCCAUCACCCCGUGCCCAGCCUCAUCCCCAACCACAACGUGUUCCCGCUGCCGGGGAGCAGCGCGGCCACGGCGCUGCUCAUCCACCGCACCAACGAGGAGGAGAAGUGGCUGGCACGACAGCGCCGACUGCGCCAGGAGAAGGAAGAUCGGCAGUCCCAAGUCUCAGAGUUUCGGCAACAAGUGCUGGAGCAGCACCUCGACAUGGGGCGCACCCCGAGCCAGCCUGAGCCCGAGCAUCGGCCUGAGCACCCCAGGUCGGGAUCGAGCCGCCACGAGCCAAGCAGCCGGGAGCCGGCGCAGCACUUCGGUGGGCCCCCACCCCUCAUCUCCCCCAAGCCCCAGCACCACCCCGUCACCACGUCCCUCUGGAACCCCGUCUCGCUGAUGGAGAGCCCCCCCGAGCCCCCCCGGCGCCUCCCCGAGCCCCACGCUCUCCAUGGCCACCCGGCCCCUUUCGAGCCCAGCCGUCAGGGCAUCCCACUGGUGAAGGUGGAGAGGGUCUUCUGCCCUGAGAAGCUGGAGGAGGGGGCAAGGAAGAGGGAUGCUCUGGAGAAAUACCCCCCGGGACGGGAGCCCGGCGCCCCGGAACACGGGGGCUUCACCCACGCCCCAUUCCUAGCUGAGUUGGAGAAGUCCACGCAGAGCAUCCUGAGCCAGCAAAGACCCCCAGCCACCCCCUUCACCGAGGCCAGCAAGCCCAGUUCACCCUACCGGCCCCCCCAACCCCGCGCCCAGGACCCCAUGUACAUCUACGACGAGUUCGUGCAGCAGCACCGCAGGCUGGUCAGCAAACUCGACCUGGAGGAGCGCCGGCGGCGGGAGGCCCGCGAGAAAGGUUACUACUACGACCUGGACGACUCCUGCGACGACAGCGACGAGGAGGAGGUGCGGGCCCAUCUCCGCUGCGUGGCCGAGCAGCCCCCGCUGAAGCUGGACACGUCCUCCGAGAAGCUGGAGUUCCUGCAGCUCUUCGGCCUCACCACGCAGCAGCAGAAGGAGGAAUUGCUGAGCCAGAAGCGGCGCAAGCGGCGGCGGAUGCUGCGGGAGAGGAGCCCUUCGCCACCGACGGUGCAGAACAAGCGCCGCACGCCCUCCCCGCGCCUCCCGCUCUCCACCCGCUACAGCCCCGACGAGAUGAACAACAGCCCCAACUUCGAGGAGAAGAAGCGCUUCCUCACCAUCUUCAACCUCACGCACAUCAGUGCCGAGAAGAGGAAAGCUUCCCAUGCCGCAGACAAGGAGAAGCUGGUGGAGAUGCUCCAGGCCAUGAAGCAGAAGACUACACCGGCUGCCGUGGUGGUGAAGAGCUCCCCACGGGACAGCCCCAGCGGCCCCGCUGCCGAGCCACCGGUGCCGCCGCUCCUGCUGGAUCCAGAUAAACCCGUGGGCAUCGCCGUCUCCGUGCCGGAGGCGCAGAAGACGGUAGAACCCAGCAGGUUAGACCAGCUGAGACCUCAGGAGCUACCAAGGGCUAAGGAGUCGGCUGCUGCACCGGUGGAAAAGCCCCGGCUGAGCGAUGGGCACCCCGGGAAGAAGGCGCUGAGCAUCCUCAGCUACGUCAGGGGUCCGCUGCCCAAGGACAUCCCGGUGCCACUGUCCCACAGCAUGAACGGCAAGAGCAAGCCUUGGGAGCCCUUCAUCGCCGAGGAGUUUGCCCACCAGUUCCACGAGUCGGUACUGCAAUCCACCCAGAAGGCGUUGCAGAAGCACAAAGGGGGAACGGCAGCGCUGACGGCAGAGCAGAACCACAAGCUCGACGCCUCCAUCCACUACAACAUCCCUGAGCUGCAGGCGUCCAGCCGCCUGGCCGCCCCCCCGCACAACGGCACAGCCGAGGGGCCGCUGCCCCACCGGGCGCUGCCCCCACUGCCCCACGACUCGGCCUCUGAGGAAGAGGAAGAGGAGGAGGAGGAAGAGGAGGAAGACUACCCCAGGCCCAAGUGGCAAGGGAUCGAGGCAAUUUUUGAAGCUUACCAGGAACAUAUAGAAGAGCAAAACCUGGAGCGCCAAGUGCUGCAGACCCAGUGCCGGCGGCUGGAGGCCCAGCACUACAGCCUGAGCCUGACGGCAGAGCAGCUUUCGCACAGCAUGGCGGAAUUAAGGACCCAGAAGCAGAAGAUGGUCUCGGAGCGCGAGCGCCUGCAAGCCGAGCUGGAUCACCUGCGGAAGUGCCUUGCCUUGCCUGCAAUGCAGUGGUCUAGGGGUUAUUUCAAGGGGUAUCCCAGGUGACGCUCCUUGGGCUAGGCCGAACAUAUAGUCUAGAAAUAAUAAUCUAUUUUAUUACCUUGAAUAUUUAAUAUUUUUCACUGGGAGGUUUGAAGCUAAAAAAAUAAAAUUAAAAAAAAAAAAUAAAAAAAAUAAACGGAGAAUGUGCCAUGCAUGAAGCAAAGGAGCACGGGAGCCGGGAGCCCACCCGACGGCGAGCAGACCCCCGUCCCGUCCCGUCCCGCGCCACCGGCCCUCUGCAAGCAACCGCCAGCCCGGCUCGGGCUCUCCUCCCGGGGGGGACAGGGCGCUGCAGCCCCCCCCCCCACCCACCCACACUUUAUAGUGCUCAAUUUCUGUUGGUUUUGGUUGGUUUUUUUUUUUUAAAAAAAAAAAAAAGAAUUACAGUUAAAGACUCCACCGACAACACUAAAGCCGGAGGAGCCCCGCGGGGCCGGGUGCGGGACGGCCGGCCGGCAGCCGCCAAGCCCCCCCGCCUUCCCGGCACGGCACCGGGAGCCUCCCCCCCACCCCAACCCCGGGGCUUUCCACUGGAAAUGCACUUCGCUAUAAAACAAUAAAGUCAAUAAACUGGUUGAAGGUACCUUUUUGUUCCUGUUUGGCGGGGAAGGGGCACAGACACGCGCCGGCGGUGGGCACCCGGCGGCGUUACCUUAUCGGAGCCAGUCGCCGUGGUUUUGUGAUUUAAGAGUCAAAAAAAAGGUGCUUCAGCCUUGUACUGUGUAUAUAUAUUAAAAAAAAAAGUUUUGUAUGUUUUUAUUACUUUAAUUAUUGUUAUAAAAAGCUUGCCUUUUUUUUUAAUACGUUUCUGCUUUUUUUUUGCCUUUUUUUCCUUCCCCCUCCCCUUUUUUAUUUCCUUUUUUGUUGUUUUUUUUUUUUUUGGCAAAAGGAUUAACUUGCUUUUAGUGUUUGUACUGCUGCUGGUCAGGACAGAAAAGAUAUUGAAUUGUUUAAAAAAACCCACAACCUUAAAAACAGGAAAAAUGAAUCCCCUUUUCCAACGGGGCAGGUGCUGUCGCACCGCCAGUCCCUCAGGAACCCAGAGCUGAGCCCUUCCACCACCCUCAACCUCCCGGGUUGUGUUGUUUUUUUUUUCCUUUUUACCCUUUUUCUUUGGUUUCUGAGUCUUUUUCUGGUCCCUCUGGGCAGCUGUGGGUGUUGCGGUGCCGGGCAGUUUCUCAGCCUUGCGCGGGCUCCAAAUUAAAAAUAUAAAAGCAAUUGCGCCGAGAGGGCUGGAGGGUUUGGGGACGGGUGGCACCGGGGUCUCCUCGUCCCCCCAAACUACCGAGACAAUCAGAGGGGUGCUAAGGCAGUUGGGGCAGGGGGAGCCGGGGUUCGCCCGCAGGCGGCACGGGGCUGGUGGCACGAAGGGGACAAGCCGUGCGGAGCUCUUCCUGCCCGUACCUCGUGCCCGCCGGCGGGCAGGAGCUGCCUGCGGCUCGCUGCCGGCACCGCCGCGGUGAAGCGCGAUGGCAGCGCCGGGCCCGGGUUCAGGCUUGGCACCACGCGCUGCCCUCUGUAGCCACUUUCUAAUCACCGCCCGCUCCGACUCCCCAGGGAGGCUCUCUUUUUUUUUUUUCCCCUUUAAAUUUUAAAUUAUUUAUUAAUUUUUUUUUUUGUUCACCACGAGACAAGCUCACGUCUAUGGGAAAAGGUGACCUCUGCUUUCUGCUUUAAAUUCCCUUGUUGCACUCGCAAAGAAAGCAUUAACCCCCCCUACAACCCCUUCCCCGCUCCCUGGUCUCCCAUUGGCUUCACCAAAAAAAAAAAAAAAAAAAAAAAAAAAAAAGCCAUGCAAGAUUAAAAAGCAAAAUGCCCUUGUGACAGAAAUUAGUUUAAUCUUUUUUAAAUCCCCAAUUGCAUCGCCAGCCUCUGGCCUAGCCGCUGCCAACUCCGGGCUUCACAAUGAAUUUUAACACGGCAAAACACGCUCGCUGCUCGACUCGCUUUUUCCCCUUCCCAUGUGCUGUGGGGGUGGGGGAAGAAGCUGGGGAUGGAAAAAUCAUCCGCAAUUUAUCCCUCGCCGCCGCCGCGCCACGGUGAGGCCGUGGGCAGGAGCCUGGCUGGGAUGUAGCCUCGCUUUGUAGCAGCUCCCGCACUGAGACUUUUCCCCCCCUGCCCUCACCAGCCCGUAAUUGGGAAUUUUGGACCUAUUCUCAGAUUUAUUCCUGCCGGGGCUGUGGCGAGCGGUCGUGUCUGCACGUACGCCCCCCGUGGAAUCGCUCGAGCAGCUACGCCAGAGCCUGGGAGGGCUGUGAGGAUGGGAAGGCAAGGCAGAGCCCGCUGGGGGCAGUUUAGAUGCUGUGAAAGAAAACAAAAACCCAAAAAAGGAGAAAAAAAAAACCCCUAAACAUGUUCUAAGUGUACUUGUUUGAAUUAAUUGUAAUGUAAUAUAUUAUUUGUUGAAUGUAGUAAUUAGGUAUUUAUGAAUAUAUUGCUGUAAUUUCUGAAAACACCCAAGAAAAAAUAAACUCUUCCACAAUGAU